AUGAAGGAAGGAAUAAUUAUUUUAGGCGGUGCUUUCAAUCCAGUACAUACACAACAUAUAGCUUUGCUUUGUCUUGUUAAACAAGAACUUGAAGUUAAUGGUCAAUGGAAUAUUUUAGGUGGUUAUUUAGCUGUUGCACCUGAUGGUUAUGUUCGUCAUAAAUUACAUUCACGAAAUGAACGUACAAUUAAAUUAAAACAUCGUUUAGCACUUAUUCAUGAAGCAAUUAAAGAUAUACCAUGGUUAAUAAAUAGUCCAUUUCAAGAAGAAAUGUUAAAACAACAUGAUGGUUCAGCAUUUGCACUUAGUCAACGUUUAAAACGUUUAUUAAAAAAUGAUAAUAUUCAAAUUAUCAUUCUUACCGGUGGUGAUCGAAUGAUAAGCAAUGGUAUUCCAAUUUGGCGAAGAUCAUUUCCGAAUAGACUACCUGUUAUUCGUGUUGGUGUUGAACGAAUUAUGAACGAUAAUAAUAAUAAAUUAUUUGAAUAUUGGCAACAAGAUCUUAAUAAAAAUCUUAUUCUUAAUCCAGAAGAAUUUAUUCUAUUAAAUCUACCUAUUCAAUCUGUUAGUUCAUCAAUUGUUCGUAUUUAUCUUAAUCAAUGGUUUAAUGCAAAAGAAGAUUCAAAAAAACAAUUCGAUAUAGAGAAUGAUUUAAUAAAUAUAAAUUCUUUUCUUCAUUCAUCUGUGAUGAAUUAUAUAAAAAACAAUCAAGAUGAUUUAUACAUUUGA